AUGGACGACUCCGGAUCGGAUGGUCGCCAGACCGUACCACUGGAGAGACCAACGCUGCUGCCGAGUGCCGCUUCACCCACCGUAAUUACGUCGCAUCUGCCACCAAUCAAGUCGUUGCAGGCCAGCCAUGACAGCAAGCAUCGCCGUCAUUCGCCAUUUGGGCAUCGAAAGAGAAGCAAGCCGACUACAGAGCCGCACCGUCCUCCUGCCUAUACAAGCCAAGGUCUGCCCAGCUCCAAUACACUACAGACGUUCCUCAGUGUCACCGAUGUUCCUUACUCAGGUCAUCCCAGCCAAAGAGGCCACGCUGACGCUGUCGCUGUCGCGUCGUAUGAUACUCAUGGCCACUCAUUUGGUCUUGGACAUGCCUGGAGCGUGCGCAAGACACCGAUAUUCUCUGGCCUCGUUGCACCUCUCUCCAUCGUCCUGGAAGUACCAGGGUUGACUUCGAAAUGGUACGCCAAGAUCGACCAAAACGGCAUCGUAGAACGCUUCAUCGACAACCCAACCAUUCUUACCGUUGGCCUAGCCAUCUCUCUCAGCGCUGCCGUCGUAGGCAACGUUGCAAUCAUCUUUCGAUUCCUCGAAAUCCUGCGACCGCGCCAGAGCAUCAUCCUGGCUUUUGCAGGUUUCAUGCUGCAUGACUUGAUCAACGUUGUGGCGCUUGCUACGUUUGGUGGUAUUUAUGGACCCAAACACGAUGGUCUUAGCCUGAGUGCCUCCUAUUGGAUGGUCUGUGCUUCGACCAUAACUUCGACGCUUGUGACCAUCAGCUUGGUCGCCGACUACGUUCGAACAAACGACUUCCGACAUGCAGGCUCCGGCUUGACGCAGCUGCAAAAGGGACUCGUAUUGGCAGGUAUGGGUCUACUGCUCUACCUCUCACUCGGAUCGCUUAUCUUCGUUUUCGUCAUCAAGAUUGACUUUAUCACGGCACUCUACUUUUCUUGCGCGACGGUUUUAACGGUGGGAUUUGGCGAUGUGGUGCCGGCCAGUCCUGGAGCCAAGGUGCUUGUGAUUCUGUAUGCACCGACCGGUAUCGUACUUGUAGCGAUCGUAGUAUCGGCUGCUAGAAAUGCGAUCCUCGAGACUUUUCAAGCGGCAUUACUGGCCAAGUCCAAGGAACGGCGUCGACGCAUCGCAGAACGCAGAGCAGCACAAAAGGAGCACAAGCGACAGGAUCGUGCGUUACGCAAGAUCAUGCCGCGCACCUUCACCUUUGGUCCUGGCACAGCGCUCAUCAGUCACAAUGGCGAUGACCAGGCCAACGACUUUGCAGAAGCGCUCGCCAAGAUGGAGCAGCAAGCCGCCGCUAGUCGCGAUCUACCCAUUGAUGCCCAAGCCAAUGCUGACGCCACAGCUCCGCCAUCCGUCAACACUACUGCAGCAACUUCUGACGACAACGCAAAGAUCGGCGCCGAAAUCGAUGCGGUUGUCGAAACGUCAAGUCUGGCUACAGCCGGCGACCCUGCCUUACAGCGCGAGAUCAGCGCGCUUCAGCAACAUCUUCUCAUGGCCAAACAGCGAACCGAAGAGGAUUUCCGGCAAUUCGAAGAGCACGCACGUCGCGAAUCCAUCGUCGCUGCGCGCAUGAAGCUCGCUCUAGCCGCAUCGGUGACAGCUGGCUUCUGGCUUCUGGGCGCCUUGGCGUUUACGUAUGCCGAGAGUUGGAGCUACGGAGGUGCCAUGUGGUUCUGUUUUAUUGCGAUGAUCACGAUCGGAUACGGAGACUACCAUCCUGCAACGCAGCUCGGAAGAGCCAUCUUUGUGAUUUGGGGACUGAUGGGUGUAGCUGUGUUGACAAUCUUGUUGGCCGUGGUACAGGAUGCGUUUGGUAGCAUCUUCCAUCGGCUGCUAACCAAGUCGACAUCGAGACUGUUUGAUCGGGCGGAGACCAGGGCGAGGAAGAGGCGGUUGAGGAAGAAAAAAGAAGAGAACGUGGGCAGGAAUGACAUUGAAGGGAUGACGACGGAAAUAGCCGACAACCGCCACAGUUCAAGUCAAGCACGACGUCGAAGAAGGGGUCGUCCUGGCCAUCCGCAGAGAAAGAGCGAAGGCGACGCGGCGCAGCACAACCGUUCGCAGAUCAAAGCUGUGGCAGCAAUGGAGAGAAAGAGCAUGGAUGCAUGUAUCGAACGUGGGCAUCAAAGCAGAUCAUCCGAGGCGCUGAAUGAAGCACUGGACACUACGCAAAGAUUGGCUCUUCCCUCUUUUCACCUCGACAGCACCGCAGACCACGCUGGCAAGAACAUGGGCGAGCAUCACUUUUCUCUGCCAGCGCAUGCCGCAGCGCGAAUGGAAGAUGCGCUGGUGGGCACACCCCAAAAGCUCGCGCUCGCCGCCCUGCAGACCUUCCAACACUCUGUGCGCGUGCUCGAGCUGCACGACACGCUCAUCUCGCAAGCCAUGACCGACAUCCCUGCACUUCGGCACUACUACAACUCUCGACAGCAAUCGACCAAGCUUUGCGCGUCUUGCACCAAGAGCGAUGGCAAGGAUACCGAUCUACGCGCAGGAGCGAGCCUCGAUCCAGAAAUCGCGCUGCAGAAUCUGCACGCAUCGAUCCGACAGACAGCCAAUCCCGAGUACGAGAAAGUGGCUAAACUCGUGGUUGCCAACGUGGAAUUUGAGCAUCAUCUGAGGGUACUAUUGGAUGGAUUUCAAGGGCUCAAGGAUCGCGUCGAGGGUUUCAAGCAAGUUCAGCUGCAGCGAAGUAGGACCAUGUCGACGUCGGCGUCCGAGAGACACAAAGUGGUGCCGCAGCAGAGCCGCGCGUCACAAUCGUGA